AUGAAUUUCCUCCUAGAAACCCUUCAGUUGAUUGUAAUGUCCAUUUAUUACAACGUAGAGGCAUUUGUCAGACUGUUCAUCCCAUUUAAGAAGAAAAAUGUCACCGGGGAAAUCGUCCUGAUCACGGGGGCGGGCAGCGGCAUUGGCCGGCUCAUGGCAGAAAGGUUUGCCCGCCUUGGCGUCUCUCUGGUUCUGUGGGAUGUCAACCAGGAGGGCAUGAAGGAGACUGCAAGACUAGUGAAGGAGAAAGGGGCAACUAGGGUCCACCACUACCAGUGUGACUGCAGUGACAAGGUGGAGGUCUACAGAGUGGCUGACCAGGUCAAGAGAGAAGUGGGGGAUGUGAGCAUUCUCAUAAACAACGCUGGCAUAGUCACAGGCAGGAAUUUCAUGGAUGCGCCAGACUCCCUCAUUGAGAAAACCAUUGAAGUUAACACCAUGGCACACUUUUGGACUUAUAAAGCCUUCCUCCCAGCGAUGACUGCCAACAACCAUGGUCACCUGGUCAGUGUUGCUAGCACAGCGGGUAUGAUUGGUGUCAAUGGACUAGCAGAUUACUGUGCCAGCAAGUUUGCUGCCAUUGGCUUUGCUGAGUCUGUGGCUCUGGAGCUGCUGGCUACGGGGAAGGAUGGUGUCAAGACUACCAUUGUGUGUCCACACUUCAUGAACACUGGCAUGUUCGAUGGCUGCAAUUCUAAGUGGCCUGUCUUGGUGCCUGUCCUGGAACCAGACUACGUAGCAAAGAAGAUCAUUGAGGCCAUUUUAACUGACCAGGUCUACCUUCUGCUCCCAAAGAGCAUGUAUAUUCUCAUGGGCAUGAAGAAGAUUUUACCCUUUAAGACUGGCAAUCUGCUGGGGAUGUACCUGGGAGCAUUCAACUUUAUGGAUGCCUUCAAAGGACGCGUCAAGAAAGAGUAG